AUGCCUUCCGCCGUAGAUAUCAAGCAGAUCGUCGACACGAAGCCCCUGGCUUUCACCAUCAAGACCGGAAAUGGUCGAUGGCAAUGCCAGAUCCACAAGGACAGAGCCUCAUACGAGCGCGCCCGCACCGUCAGAAUCCCGGGAAUCUCACGUAGCGACUCGGGCCUCUCGACCUCGUCGACCUCAUCGACGAGCUCGAAGGCGUCGCAGUAG